AUGUUGGUGCAGGAACUCUGCCGGGAACAAUCCCCCUUGUCCCCCCAGAAACCCACAGCAGCACUGUCUCCCGUUAACAGCCACCGACAGCACUGUGCCCCGUAUGAUGAUGCCACUUCUAAUGAGCCAUCUGACGAUCUAAGUAGAGAUUCAACAAAAGGAACCUCGAGUUGUCAGAGAGGCAGAGCUGAGAAGUACCAGCCUGUGGUGGUUCUGGACCCUCAAGAAGUGUCGGUGUGGCUGACAAGCAUGAAACACAACAAGAAGGGAGAUACUCAACUUGCCUGCCAGCAGCCAGCCUCUCCUUUGGGCUGUCAAGGACCCUUAGAGAAUAAACAUAAAAACACCAAAGUUGUUUCUGGAGAGGCCAGUACCUGUAGGAAAGCUUGCAUCAGUGGCUUCAGUGCCAGCCGCUGGGGGAUGCCAAUAAGGCUUGGUCCAAAAAGGCUUAAAAAGAAGAGACAGCAGCAGCCUAACUACUCCCUUUCCAGACCACAGAUGAGGCAAAAAGGAAUGAAAAGGGGUGUGCUGGAGGUGUCUGCAGAUGUAAGUCACAAUGACUAUUCACUCCUCAAUAGUUCCCAUUCCUGGGGUAGGGUUCAAGCAUCUUUCUCCUUCCAUAAGAAGAAGAAAGUUACUAUGGAUGAGAGUUCCUGCAACAGCAUCCUUUACACCCCUUCCAUGAAAUCCCAGCUCUCAGAGCACCAAGCAAUGCGGUCUGCUGGUAAAGCUCAAUACUGUGCUUGGUCUGCUUCCUCCAUGGCCCUGCUGGCUCCUAUGAACUCCUCUUCCAUUCUGGAGCUAAUACUUACAGAUGCAGAGAAGGUGCUUGGGGAAUGCCAGCAGGAAGGACCUAUUACUUUUGAGGAAUGCAUUCCUCUAGAUAAGAUGAAAGGUUGCAAGAAAAUUGGAGAAGGGGUGUUUGGAGAGGUCUUCCAGAUCAGCAGUGAGAGAGGACCUGUGGCUUUAAAAAUAAUUCCCAUUGAGGGGACUGAAAGAGUAAAUGGAGAAUCUCAAAAGAGCUUUGGAGAGAUUCUGCCUGAGAUAAUAAUAUCAAAAGAACUCAGUCUUCUAUCUGAAGAGUCUAUGAAUAGAACUGUUGGGUUCAUCAGCUUGUACUCUGUGCACUGUGUUCAAGGGGCUUAUCCUAAGUAUCUCCUGGAAGCCUGGGACAAAUACCAUGAAGUAACGGGAUCGGAAAAUGAUCGGCCAGACUUUUUUGGGGAUGAGCAACUAUUCAUGGUUCUGGAGUUUGAAUUUGGGGGCAGUGACUUGGAGAAUAUGAGAAACAGGUUGAGUUCAGUGGCAACAGCGAAAAGCAUUUUGCACCAGGUGACUGCUUCCCUGGCUGUGGCAGAACAGGAACUGCACUUUGAGCACAGGGACUUGCACUGGGGGAACGUGCUGGUGAAAAAAACUAGUGUGAAGACGCUUAGUUAUGUGUUGAAUGGGGCAACACACACAAUUCCCACUGCAGGGAUUCAUGUCAACAUCAUCGAUUACACCUUGUCUCGGCUGGAGAAGGAUGGAUUAACUGUGUUUUGUGACCUUUCCACUGAUGAAGAACUGUUCCAAGGCACAGGGGACUACCAGUUUGAUAUCUACAGGCAAAUGAAAGUGGAGAACUCCAACAGCUGGACUGAGUAUCAUCCACACAGCAAUGUCCUCUGGCUGCACUACUUGUCAGAUAAACUUCUGAAAGGUGUGGGCUACAAGAGUAAGGAAAAAACUUCUGCCCUGAAGAAAAUAAAGCAGCAGCUUAAUGCGUUCCACAGGGAAGUACUGAACUUUGAGUCUGCCAAUGAAGUUUUACAAAACAGCAGCCUCUUCCAGUGA